UGGUCCGGUUAGUGGGACUGUACUGGGAACAUCCCCCCCUCUCCAUCCACGACUGCAACAACGCCACCAGCUCUCACCUCUACCACAAACACACACAUAAACACACACACACUCUCUCUCAUCUCCUCCCAGCAAGACGAUGACUGCAAGAAAGCACAAGAGCAGCUCCAGCGAGAAGAGCGCCUCAUCCAGCCCGGACGAUGCGCCCAAGAAGACCCAGAAGAGCGCCGGGAACGGGCUGAGCGGCCCCGGAGCUCAGGGGCCAGGAUCGGGGAGCUGCCUCGGGCUCUUUGCAACCACGGUGUUUUACAUCGCCUUGUUAGGCACCGCCGGGUUUGCAGCUUUCUAUUUGCAGCAGGUCGUGGAGGAAAUCCGGCAGACGAGCAGCAGACACGAGGAGAGCGCACGGAUCAACGCGGAGCUGAGCGGACAAAUGGAGAGAGUCGUUCAACAGGUGGAGUCUCUGAGCAGCGUUGUGGACGGGCUGGAGUCUGCACUGGGCAUCACACGGGUGGAGCUGGAGGGGGCCGUCAGCCGGAUGAAGAGGGGCGAGGUGGAGACGAGAAAGGUGGAAGAGGCCCUUCAGAGGCUCCAGAACAAUCUACUCAGGGACCUUUCAGAGGGCAUCAACGAGGUGAAGGAGGCCCGAGAGAGGGACUUCUCCUCUCUGGAGAAAACCGUGGAGGAGCGCCUGGCUGAAGUGAGUCAGUCCAUCACGGCCAACGUGGCGGAGUUCACCGAAGCUCAGGGCGAAGCGCAGAGCCAGCUGGCUGAACUCAAGGCCCGUCUGGGUGACAUGGAGGACCCUGCGCUCAUCAAACAGGAGCUCUCCGCCAUCGUCACGGCCGUAGCUGAAAUCAAAACCGCCAAACAGGCCUCUGACGCCUCAGCCAACUCAAUCAGUGGGCAGAUAGGCGCCGUGAGGUCAGAGCUCCAGACUCGUAACCAGGAAGUGGCCUCGCUGUCUGAGGAGGUUGAAUCAGUGAGGUCGGUGGUGCAGGAGACAGUUGGGAAUCUGAGGCAGUCACUGUCUGCGACGGAGGCUGAAGUCCAGGCUCUGAUGGACAAAAGCAUGACACUGGAGAGCGGCGUGGAGCAGGCCGCCGACGCCGUCCGCAACGUGGAGAGGCAGGUUCAAGAGGAAGCCGCUCAGGUCCAGAAAAGAUCAGAAGACCUGGAGGCCAGAGUUAAAACAACCGAGGUGAUCGGAGAUUCACUGGCGGCGUCCGUGUCGGACAUCUCCAACAAAGUGGAGUCACUGUUCGCCAAGUACGACGACCACGAAAGCACCCUAGCCUCACAGGGACAGGUCGUGGAGGAAGUCAAAACUGCCGUGGAGCAGGAGAUGGAGGCACUGAAAAGCAGUUUCGGGGAGCUGCAAUCCAACAUGGCCGCCCUGAGCAGCGCCAACACCAAGCUGUCUUCGAAGGACGCCAACGUGGCUCAGCAGGUUCUGGACUUGGAGAACAGGCUCGCCGCUCUGGAGGACAGCAGCAGCAGCAUGAAGCCGGAGCAGCUGCAGAGUUUAAGGAGCGUGGUGGCUGGUUUGGAGGAGAAAGCGGCGAAGCUAGAAGGCCACGAUAAUGCAAUCGCUACUCUUCAGAAAGCUCUGCAGGAGACAACAAAGACACUGGCGGGCUUAUCCAAGAAGAGAAAGUAGGGAGUUUGAGUUCGCAAUGUGACAUCAGGAUACCAAAACAUGACAAUAACGAUUCCCAAAGGCUGACCAUAACCCACUUUUUCCCGUUCUCAUGAAGAAUCGUUUU